CGUCAGUGAUGUCAGUUUUGUGAUGAAAACGCAUUGUUUUUGAUGCAAGAAAAAUAUUGUGCCGAAUCAUUUUCUGGUCAAAUCACUAGCCAAUAGUUCAGGAAAUACCUUUCUGUUGAAAUUCCUGAUUUCUCAAGCUUUUAAUUUCUUCAAAAGAAGAAUCCUUGAAAUUAGUCACACAAAUCCUCAGCAAAGAUGGACUUUUCCGGAUGGUACAACUCCGUGCCUAUAUUCACACGAUACUGGUUAUCGUCUACCGUCAUCAUGAGCCUCGCGGAGAGGAUAGGACUCCUCCCAGGCGAGUACCUCAUCCUCCUGCCAUUUAAACUCAUCUAUACAAAAUUCCAGAUCUGGAGACCUCUGACAUCCGUGCUGUUCUACCCACUCACUCCUCAGACGGGAUUUCACUUUAUGCUCAACUGCUACUUCCUCUACAACUACUCUGUGCGGCUGGAGAGGGAACACUUUAAGAACACACCGGCAGAUCAUCUCUUCAUGCUGAUCUUCAAUUGGCUAAAUUGCGUCAUCCUGGGAGCGGCCUUCAGUGUUCCUCUUCUCAUGGAUCCCAUGGUCAUGUCGGUUCUCUACGUCUGGUGCAAACUCAAUGCGGACACAAUCGUUAAUUUCUGGUUUGGCACACAAUUCAAGGCUGCCCUACUGCCCUGGGUACUACUGGGAGUCAACCUUCUGCUCACUUCUUCGGUAAAAUACUCCCUGAUUGGGAUUGUUGUUGGGCAUCUCUACUACUCCCUCAAAUUUCUCUAUCCUUCCUACCGGAAUACCCCGAGUUUACUGGAAACGCCACAGUUCCUGAAAAAUUAUUUCCCGGACGUUACUGGGGGAGUUUACGGAUUUGGUGGAAAUCGCCUCAACAACCAACCUCGACCUGCUGGUGGGAGAUUCAGCAAUUGGGGUACGGGACAUCGCCUGGGGAACAACUAAAAAAAGCACCUUUUGCAUGUUCACAAAAGAUUGAAUGUUUAUUGUGGGAGCAGAUCUUGGUCACUAAAAGGGUUUGAAACGUC